CCCGGAGAACGCCUCGGCGAUGCCCAAUGGCGUUUGUGCCCCCUGGCACUGCGGGGCGCAGCCCAAGCCGGCUGUGCCCACGCCGCGGCAGCUCACGGAGAGCCUGCGGUGGGACAAGGGGCCCGCCCCGCUGGGCUUGGAGCGGCCGCACCGGGAGCGGCUGCAGCGGGGCUGUGGGGGGACAGCGGGGCGGGAGGCAGGGCGGCACAGGUCCCACGGGGAAACGAGCUGUGGGGCCGCUCAGAAUCGGGCUGUGGGGCCGCUCAGAAACGGGCUGCAGGGCCGCUCAGGAACGGACUGUAGGGCUGCUCAGGAACGGGCCGUGGGGCUGCUCAGGAAUGGGCUAUGGGGCCGCUCAGAAACGGGCUGUGGGGCCGCUCAGGAAGGGGCUGUGGGGCCGCUCAGAAACGGGCUGUGGGGCCGCUCAGAAACGGGCUGUGGGGCCGCUCAGGAAGGGGCUGUGGGGCCGCUCAGAAACGAGCUGUGGGGCUGCUCAGAAACGGGCUGUGGGGCCGCUCAGAAACGGGUUGUGGGGCCGCUCAGGAACGAGUUGUGGGGCCGCUCAGAAUCGGGCUGUGGGGCCGCUCAGGAAGGGGCUGUGGGGCCGCUCAGAAACGGGCUGUGGGGCCGCUCAGGAACGGGCCGUGGGGCUGCUGAGAAUCGGGCUGUGGGGCCGCUCAGGAAGGAGCUGUGGGGCCGCUCAAGAACGGGCUGUGAGGCCGCUCAGAAACGGGCCGUGGGGCCGCUCAGGAACGGGCUGUGGGGCCGCUCAGGAACGGGCCAUGGGGCCUCUCAGGAACGGGCCGUGGGGCCGCUCAGAAUCGGGCUGUGGGGCCGCUCAGAAACGGGCCGUGGGGCCGCUCAGAAACGGGCUGUGGGGCCGCUCAGGAACGGGCCAUGGGGCCUCUCAGGAACGGGCUGUGGGGCCGCUCGGGAAGGGGCUGUGGGGCUGCUCAGAAUCGGGCUGUGGGGUGGCAGAGAAGGACACGGACUGGGGCCCUCACGGCCGCCGGACCCGCCCGAGGUGUGCUCGGCGGCGCUGCGCUGGGCUUUGCUUGCAGCGCGUCCGGGAGCGGUGCAGCUGUGCGCGGCUUUCCGUGACAGCGCUGCCCCUCUCUUCCAGAUGCUCUGGGGAAGGCUGGAUAUCCAGGCCAACGGGACAAUCCGGCUGCGGGAUGAAGAGCUGGCCUCCCUACGCCCGGCACGGCGCUUCCUGCAGAUUUUAGAGGAGGAAGUUCCCAAAACACCGGCAGAGGUUGAGCAGCAUCUGAGAUACUAUUCACUGACCGACGCUCCCUUGCCUCCGACGGAGUUUGACCGUCUCCUUUUCACCAGUGUUUACAGUGCCUAUCAGGUUCGCUCCAUGCAGGGUCUGGAUAAAGCCCCCUGGAUUGGCUUUUUCUCUCAGCUGGUUGAUGAAAUCUUUCGUGACCUGUGCAAGGGGCUCUGCCCUGCAAAUACCACUCUCCUCCAGGCUUCCUGGCCUUGGAAGGAGAAGCCUUCACAUUUAGCAUCCCUGAAACAUUUCUAUCGCUCUAACCUGGCCAGGACCAAGAGAGACACCUAAUGAGGGAACCCCCGUAGGAAAGGGCGCACCUGGCUUCAGCUGCCUCCUUGGUUAUUUUCAAUGCUUUCCACAGUGUGCAGGACUUUCAAUAAAUAUGCCACACCCCUUUGUCCUGCUUUCUGCACUGUGCUGACAACCCCCUCAGGAUUUAUGCGCAAGCUUUUAUUUUUAAAUGAAAAAAGGACAAAAGUGCAUUUCUCCCUUUUCUGAUUUUUUGCUAAGUGAGCUGUGCUGAAUGGGGCAGUGCUAUUUAGAUGUCUUAUCUAUCUUGAUCGCUGAUGCUCAGGAGAGAUGGCUUGAAAGUAUUUUUCUAAGAUAUUAUGCUGGUGUCACAGCUGACUUCCUUUCAGAUAAUUCAGUUCACUCUCCUUAUAUUCUCACUGUGGUUUCAGACAAAUACAAGAUCUUCUCUCCAAUAGCAGCUAAGCAGGUUUUGUUGUGUUUCAUUAUAUAGGUCACAUAUUUAAUUUAAUUUUUCUCCUCAUGUGACAUCAUAUUUUAGGUGUCAACAGCAAUUUCCCAUAUCAUGUAUUAUUUUUUCUUUAAAAGGCAACCUGAAAAUGUAUGUAUUCCAUGAAGCUUUCUAGUAUUUGCAUAUCAUAUUUACACAUAUACACAGCUUUGUUUCAGUUAUCAUUCUGGAAUAUACUUCCUGAAAUCUCAUUUAAAUUCUGAAGAAUCCUGACCUAGUUAUUUCUUCAGCAGAUUUUGCCUUUCUUCUAUAAAGUUUUUUUUUUUUUUUUUUU